AUGCCUUCACAGCCUGUAAGCUUUGAGGGCGCUUCGGGCGAUCGACGGAUGUCGAGUGUCAAUGAGGCUCUCGUCGGCUUGCCAACCGUUUUGUUGCGUCGCCUACCCCCGAAUACGACAAUUGAAGCCGUCCGGACCAUGCUUCUUUUUGCAAAAGACCUCCGAGAUGCGGAGAUCAUCCCCAACGAGUACGAUGAGGAUGCAGGUUUCACCACAGCUAUUGCCCGUUUUGGCUCGAUCGCCGGGGCGGCCGAAGCGCGGGCAAUGCUUGAUGGCAAGCCCAACACGGCCGGCCAAGCGAAAAUGAUUGUCGAGAUGGUCGUGGGACCAACCAUGACCUCGAUGCCCCGGCGAAAUACCAUUGAUCCCAUGGCGGCGCGAAAGGGUGUCCACUCGCUGUCCCCGCCACUCGCAACCGCCCAGAAGGCGUCGAGGUUCAACGGCACCUUUCAGUCAAUGGACAAGAUGUCUCCUCCCGCCGUUGGAUCGCCGCCCGACCAGGCAUCCUCUGAUACCAGCUCACAGUUACAAACCAUAUUCACACCGCAGUCUCCCGUCGUGAGUGUGGGCAGCGAACGAUCCCGCGUGAGCGGUAAGAAGGUUAUUGGUGAGGAUAUAGGCGACGAUGACACAGGAGAGUUGCUCAAAGACCCUGUGGCCUACAUGCAUCAUUCAUCGACUCCGGGCACAGGCCGAACAGGCACGAAUCCACGUAUUCCCACUGCAGCCUUUUCGGCCCUUUCCCUCAACACCAAUGUGGGCAGCGGUCCGGCCAACAACUACACCUCCCCACGGACAGCAGUGUCAUCCCGUACUCCACAGACACAGUUUCCUCCUGCCGUGGGAACCCCUGCGUCAUACCUUGGACCUAGCCAGCCCUUUAUCCGGCACAACUAUCCUCCCGCGAACCCUGCGGAUCAGAAUCCGCCCUGUAACACUUUGUACGUCGGGAAUCUCCCCAUGGACACUUCAGAGGAUGAGUUGAAAGCGAUCUUUUCGAAACAGAGGGGGUACAAGAGGUUGUGCUUCCGAACGAAGCAUAAUGGACCCAUGUGUUUUGUCGAGUUUGAAGAUAUCUCAUUUGCCACGAAAGCGCUGAACGAGCUGUACGGAGCACAGCUUCACAACAGUGUCAAGGGCGGCAUCCGUCUGAGCUUCUCAAAGAACCCCUUGGGUGUGCGGGCAGGCCAACCUGGAAGCGCAACCCCUACAACACCACUGAGUGCUACCGGACCCAUGGGCAUGAAUGGAUUCGGCAAUCCAGCUCCUGCAGGCUUCUCAACCGCCAACGGUCCACCACCUGGUUUGUCAGCCCCGCCAGGGUUGAACAUGGGCCUGUCGCCGACCAGCGGCGUUGCGCCUCCUCCAUCUUUCGUGAACCCCGGCUUUGCGGUCAACGGGGGUAAUGGAGGCUUGCCAAGUCUACGAGGGAUGCCACCACUCAACAGUGGGUCGGCGAUACCAGGCAUGAAUGGCAUGUACUCGGAUCAUAUGCUCGGAAGGUGA